ACUUUUCCUGGAAAAAUAAAAUAUUAGAACUGUUACAUUUUUAUCAAUUAUUUUGGAUCAGAUCAUGAAAUAAUUAAUUAUUUAUAUACUUCAUAGAAUAACAAUAUUUUUUUAAAUAUCUUUAUUCUAUUCGUAACUAUAUAUAGUACAAUUUAAUACGUAUCUAAUUAAUGUAAUAUAUAAGGUUAAGUUUAUUUGUGUGUGUGCAUUAUAAUUUCAUUAAAAUGUUUUAUUGUAAAAUAAGAUUUUCAUCCAAUAAUUUAAAGAUAUGUACAUGUAUGCAAAAACGCCUCAAAAGUAAUAUUUCUACAACCGACAUUACUGAGACAAAAAAUAUAAAUUUAGAAGCUAAACGAAAAGAAAUUAUGUCACGUGGUCUACCUAAGAAAAAACCUAUCAAAGGUGUAAAGCAAAUUCUAAUUGUUUCAUCUGGCAAAGGUGGUGUUGGUAAAUCAACAACUUCCGUAAACUUGGCAACAGCAUUAAAAGUUAUAGACCCUAAAAAAUCAAUUGGCUUAUUGGAUGCAGAUGUUUUUGGACCUUCUAUACCAUUAAUGAUGAAUUUAAAACAGUCACCUUUGUUAAAUAAAAAUAAUCUUAUGGAACCAUUAAUUAAUUAUGGUAUAAAAUGUAUGUCCAUGGGAUUUUUGAUCGAUGAAAAAUCUCCAGUUGUUUGGAGAGGUCUUAUGGUAAUGAAUGCCCUAGAUAAAUUAUUGCGCCAAGUCGCAUGGGCUCCUUUAGAUUGUCUCAUUAUAGACACACCACCUGGAACUGGAGAUACACAUUUAUCAUUAAUUCAAAAUAUUUUUAUCACUGGUGCAUUAUUAGUUACUACACCACAAAGAGCAGCUUUAGAUGUAACAAGGCGAGGUGCUAAAAUGUUUGAAAAAUUAAAUGUACCCAUUUCUGGUAUUGUUGAAAAUAUGAGCUCUAUUUCUUGCCCGAAAUGUAUGACCAAAAUAUCUAUUUUUGGUGACAAUACAGAAGCAUUAGCGCAUGAGCUUGGUGUAAAAAUAUUCCAAAAAAUUCCUUUACAUGAAGAUAUUAUGAAUAGUUGUGAUAUUGGAAAACCAAUAGUAUUAUCUGCUCCGAACAGUGUUCAAGCAGAAUCUUAUAAAAAUUUGGCAGAACAUCUUACGAAAUUUUUAAAAGAACAACCACUUAUUGAAGAAAAAUAAUAGCAUCUAAAAUGGAUAAAGUUGGUACCAGUAUACAUUCUAGUGUGGAUGCUGAAGUAUUUGAUGUUCCUAUGAGCGUAAUUAUUAGACCAUUUCCUCCAGAUGUUAAU